AUGGCGGAUACGGACCAAUCGGUUCACGCACUCGCCGUUGAACGCACGAAAAGACUAAGUGAUGACCAUGAGCCCGCUACUGAGGCUCACCCCCUUGCCGGCACUGCACUCUAUACUGGAUGGCGGGAGUCACUCCUCGGCUUGCGCGACUAUCAGCUGGCCACAUCGAGAGCGAACAACGAUCUCUCCCGUCGGCUAGAACAAGUACGGCAGGAGAUUCACCUGAAAGAUCAGGCUAUUGCGGAACUACGGCGGAAAAUCCCUCCGAGUGAUCCGCGGUCUAAGAUAUUAGCCACUGCAACGGCUCAAAUCUCCAACUCUCUCGCCCGUUUAAAUCAACGUAUUCUGGAACGCAAGGAAGAGCCGAGCGUCGCUAGGUUGACCGUGACGAACUUCGAGAGAGAGAACGAGGUAGGCCUGAUUCUUGCACGUGUCGGCUCUUCUCUCAUCCCAUCUACCGUUCAGCUCAUGAGGCGCAAGUUGCCUACACUUGACAGACGUCAGGCGUCCGGUCUCGAAAGCAGUAGCUCGUCAUCGCAGAAGUUGAUUAGGCUCCCAACCACCACAGAAGAUCAGGUCGCUGCCUUGGAGGUGGCAAAGUUAGAGGUUCUAUUGCAGGCCGACUUGAACGACCGUCGGAAUCGCGAGUCCUCGUGGGUGGCGGAACUUAGUCUAUUGCGCGACCAAGUCAGGGAACUGAGUGAUGCCGAGCAUAUUGCUGCUGGUCACCGGAUGGCCGAGGUAUACCGGGCUUCCCAGGGAUUGGAAGCGAGCAAAGUGAGUGGCUUGCGAUUCCCACAGUGUAGUUGUUCAUACCUUGCGCUGCAGCAGUCCCUGUCAACUGUAAGGACGUCGGUGGAUGGCCAACGGGGGCGUACUUAUGAGCUGAAACGCGUUGUCUCUGCUCUUGUGCAGAAGCAAGAAUUACUAAGGCAGACGGUUGACUUGAAGGCUCUCCACAAUGAAAACGUGGCCGCAGAUCAGCGAUUGUCGAUAAUCCAGGCGCAAUAUGGCGCGCUGCAAAGUCAGAUAGCUCAGGUAGAAGCAGAGGCACGCAUCAAAGUGUAUCAGCUUGAGAAAGAUCGCGCCUGGUCGAAGGAGCAGAUGAAUGAUUUGCGGGGCACCUACGUGAAAGACGUCGGCAGCCUUCAAGAGCAAGUGGACGAUCUGCAUGCUCAGAUUGAUGUCAUCAAAGCCAAAGUCGAGAGUGCCCAGUCGAGGCUCGUCGCCACGGAUGGAAGCAGAGAGGAGUCUCAGAUGGACACCGCGCAUGAUGGUGAACAAGCCAGCAUCCUCGGGGGAGGUCACGAGGAUAGCUGUAUCUACGGAGCGGCAGCCUAUGCAUCGGAGACUCGCUUGCGCAAAUCGAGCGAGCAUGGCCAGUCUGCCUGUUCUGGCGCCGAAACACUGCCCGACAAGGAGGACGAUACGGCAAUGGACGUGGACGAUCAGGGCUUGGACCUCGAAGAGCAUGAAGCACCGCGCCCAUCCCACGGGGCAGCAGAAUGCCCGACAAAUCUGGUAUGCUCGAGUUCAAUCAUACCGGGCUCUCUGCGAUCACUGACGGAGAAUGAUAAGGGUUCUGUGGCCGGUACGCCGAAGGGACGGGUCGCAUCUGGUACGCCGGGCAGACGGGUCGCGGCGGGUCUCAACAUGCCCAAACAAAAGCUCCGAGGGGUCGAUGUCGCUGACCAUUUGACCGCCCUGGAUCAGUUCAAGCUGGGCUCGCCCCUACGGACACCGUCUCCGCGCAAACGCGGGCCCCGCUCGGCGAAGGGGGCGCAUGACGGACAGCACACGCCGCGCUCACGGCAUAGCCCGUACUCGAGAGAAGCGCGUCCUUCUAGAUACGGCCGCGUUGGCGAUAUGGGGGAGGACUGUGACGCCGAUGACGAAGAGGUACCCCGGCGCAAUAGGGAGAGACCCAGGUCGCAUCCUACUCGGAGCAGACCAUUGCGCCGUGCCAAGUUCGAGGACGUCAACGACAUGGACGACGACUACGACUACGACGACUACAACGACUACGACGACGACGGCAACGACGUAGAGCCAAAGACGCCCGUUUCGCGCAUCGCUCGCAGGUUCCUCCAGGAAAAGAUUGCUCCUGGUGCGCUGUACGCCCCGCAGACCAUGAAGAAGAACUUCAACAAUCUUGUACUCGGCCUGAUCCUACGAGGGAUGGGCAUACAAUUGGUGUAUCAUGUUGUCGCGCUGGAACCCGUCAGUGACGAGGAGCUUGACGCAUUCCGACGAAAUCCUAGGUCGCACGGGCCGGACCUGGAAGACCUGAGGCUCGAUACCAACGGCCUUGCGACCACUGAUGAGCUGUCUGGGUCAGCAUGGAACCAGCGCGUGGCGAAGUUGCUUUGCGGGAAAGUCAAGGAGAUAACUGACCGGGAUGGCGGUGAUGGGCGCUUCGGAGUCGUUGACGCCGACAGGAUCAAGCGUGGUGUUGAUACCCGCCUCGGUCGCAUGUACAGGUUGAUCGCGUCUGUAGUGCCUCAGGCAGGCGAAGACGUGGUCGACGCGAUAGCGAGGUUCAGGGAGGCGCACCAAGCUUACAAUGAUCAGCGUCGAGUCACAACGAGCAGGCAGACGAAAGCCCUAGCUCGUCUGCGGUACGCAGGCGUCCUGCGCACCGCAUGUAGGGUUAGCAACAAGCCGGAGGCGCUCGCGUACUGGUCCUAUGUCAUGAGGGCGGUGGAAGCACUGGGCUUUGAGGGGAUGUCUGACGAGGAGACCGACUACGAAGAGAUAGAGCACGACAGCGGCGUCGUCACCAAGAGGCGAUACCACAAGGUCCUGAAUCCCGUCUGGCGCCGCCCCGAGCUCAGGGAUCUGUUCGCGAAGGUGGAUGAGGCUCCAGCUCUGGCGCGGAUGUAUUUUGAUAAGCGGGCGGGAGCGAAGACGCCGAGGGUGCGAGUUGACGAGGCGAGCGGGCAGGCGCCUCCGAAGCGCAUUCCGAAAGCGUUAUAUGACCCGGUUUGGCUCGAAGCUCAGGGCGAACUUGUCGAACUGAUGCUGGAACUGACCGACGAUCCCUUCGAGAUCUUCCAGGCUGAUGCUUGGGCGGAAGAGUCUCACAUGCGGUACCCAUCCGCUUUGAACACAGCGCUGAGCAAAUGCCGGUGGAGCAAACCGGAGGAGAAGGAAGGCGCUCAGUCGAACAAUGGGGAUCGGACGGGACUAACCGGGCAUCUUCAGGGCACCAUCGAAAGCUCGUAUGACCUUGCUGUGCUUCCGAACCGCAUCUGGCGGAUGGUGGACUGUUGCCUCCUAGAAUCGGAACCGGGGGUCGUGCUGGUCGGGGUGUCGCCUUGGACACAUUCUCCCUCUCCACAAGUCAAUUGUCGGACCGCAGUACAGGAUCGUCGUCCUCAGCUGGGCAAGCUGGAGAAUGCGAAGGACCUGGAGGAAGCCGGGCGCGCGGGGCUCAGCUUACGACCAAUUAGCUUGAACGACUCCAUCGAGGACAGGCGGCAGGGACAGGAGCAGGUACACCCUCAUCUCGUGGAGACGGGCCGACGCACGGAGGAGCUCGCGAAGAGCAUCUUUGUGGAGAAGAGCGAUACCACCUUCGGCGAUGAGAGGGACGAGGACGAGAAGCCCUGGGAACUCAAGGAACCCGUCGGGUUGCUGGCCGACUACCUCUGCGGCGAGGAUGUCUUUGGUGAUGCCCCUGCACCGUCAUUGCGGACAACAUCAGCUACACUGCGCUCCAUGAGCACCCAUGCAAAGGACAAGGACCCCUCGAGACUCGGGCCUCGCUCCUCCCUCAUCAAGGAGCUCCUCCACCGUGUCGAGGCUUUCGGCGCUUGGCCCGACCACGAGGAGGAAGAACUCCACCUCCAGCCUCAUCCACAGCGCGCUCGUUCUCUCCGAGACGAAUACAUCGAGGUCCUGACCCCACGAUUUAGCUCAAAGUCGACCACCGCUGCUGCGCCCAACCCCUAUGCGACAUCGAGCUGCCUCGAAUGA